AUGCCCUCUGCACCUCUUGCAGGAGAAGUGGUCCGAUUCAGCAGCCCUCUCUUUAUGUACCGCCGUAUUGUGAAGAACGCCGCCCCCAAACCCCCUACCGUCUUCACCGCAAAAGAUAACAGCAAGACGGCUUUUCACGUCGUCACUCAGCGGCCAGGCUUCUCGGAUAAUCCCUACACCGUCAGUCGUUGGUAUUUAAAAGAGAAGGUGCACAGCAGUAAUAGAAACCGACUGGAGGGACUUUAUGAGUGUGUACUUUGUGCCUCAUGUACGGGAAGUUGUCCACAGUAUUGGUGGAAUCGAGAAGUAUUUCUCGGCCCGGCAGUUCUUCUGCAAUCGUAUCGUUGGUUGAUUGAGCCACUGGAUCGCGAUUACGACAGUCGUGUGAAGAUGUUUGAACACGGCCCAUUGGUGAACUUCUGUCAUAAUAUUUUCAAUUGCACUAUUACGUGUCCAAAGUUUCUUAAUCCUGGUUAUGCUUCCAAGGAAAUUAAACGAAUGGCAUCUCCCACAACCCCACGUGUGGGUCCUGCAUUGGAUGUGAAGGAUGAUUCGAAAGAAGCUAAAAAUGUGAACUGGAGACGAUGA